AUGAAUCUAGCUGGGUGGGCAUGCAGACCUCACACAGAGGGCUUUCCAGUAGAGGAAACUGUUUCUGUGAGAUAUGUUCAAGCUCUGGAACUUGGGUUCAAAGUCUGGUGGAAAGGAUGGAAUGCUGAAUAUGGUGCCUACAUGAUUUAUGUGUUCCAUGAUUUGAGUAUGCUGCGACUGUUUGAAGCCUUCCUGGAGAGUGCCCCUCAACUUGCUUUAGUGAUCCAUGUAAUGAUCUGCACUAACAAAGCAGAAAUCUACCAGUAUAUCAGUGUUGCGGCAAGUUUCCUCUCUAUUGCUUGGACAGUGUUAGAUUAUCACCAAUCUCUGCGCAGUUUCCUGCCGCAUAAAGAUAAAAUGAACAUUUGCUCGAAGGCUUCAAUCUCCUAUUUUAUUUGGAACCUGCUACUCAUCUGCCCACGGAUUGCAUCACUUGUAUUGUUUACUUCAGUCUUCAAUUACUUCAUUGGCCUGCACUUCAUUGUCAUUUGCGCUACCAUGUUUCUCUGGGUAAAUCUACAAAAUACAACAUUCAUGGGUAACCCUUGUCUGGAGAAGUUCUAUCAGGCUGUAGUUUCUGUUGUCUGGUACUUUUGCUGGUUCAAUGUUGCAGAGGGAAGAACUUUGUUUCGAAGUCUAGUUUAUCAUGCAUUUCUUUUGGUUGACAGUGCUAUUCUGCUGACUUUCUGGUUCUUGUACAUGGAUCCUGAAUACACUGACCCAUACUGGCUACCAGUACUAGUGUCUGUAGGGUCUUCUUACACUGCAGGGCUUAUCAUGAAGUGUGUGUAUUAUAAGUGGUUACAUCCAAAAAAGACAAGUCGGAUUGAAGUACAGGUAGCACAAGAUGAAGUCGAUGUUGAAGAAGAUAGCGGCAGUGCAGUGUGGUUCAGAAGUGUAUCUCUGGAAAGUGGAGAACAAAUCCUGUUUAACGAAAGGAUGCAUACGCUUUCCAAAAGCUUCUUCCCUCUUCCUUCCAUGAAGCACACAGCCGUCAGCAAACCACAUACACUUUUAUCAGAUAAGAAUCUUGUAACAUGACUGGCUUGAGUACUGCAUUAUUUCUGUUAAAGUACUUUGGUUAUCAUAGUACGUUUUAUGCAUUUUGCUUGGUAAGAGACAAACAGUAAAGCUAGGUGCAUACUUGCCUCAGGCACACACAGCGGGCUACCGCAGUAAAGGAGAAAAGGUUAAAUAUUUCAUGGUUAAAUAGCACAGGGCAGAAUGAUGCAUGGUGGUUAAAGUAUUUUGCAAACUGCUAAAUUGGGCUCACUGAAAAAACUCCAUACUGCAUAGUCUGUUUCUGGGCUUAAAUGAAAUAUAAUGCAUUGUGCUGUGAUGCAGUACUGAACUCUGGUUACUCUCCCUAGCUCUGACACUUUAUAGGUGUGUGCUUGUGUCUUGGGGGUGAGCAAGGAGUUGU